GAGGCUCACAAGAAAGCGGACAUCCUCGUGGUGUGCGAUCGCUUCGAAACUGGCUACGACAACAGUGCUGUGACGCUCUUGGGCGUUGACCGCAAGAUCGGUUCGGAUGAGAAGCUCGUCCAGAUCUACAGCCGAGCCAACCGCCGCAGAGGUGGCAAGACCUUCCCGAAGGUAAUCGACUUCGCCAACCACGUUUCGGAGGCGGAGAGAGCAAUCUCCGAAUUUUCCAGGACGCGCUUCGCUGCCGCCAUUGAGAUUGGCUGCCUGACAGCACUCUCAGAGGAGCUGGAGGUGACGCUGGCAGCCGCCAGGGAGGUUGCCGGGGAUCGCGCUGUCCUGAAAGCGACGUUGGACCGCUUGAAGGAGGGCGGCUCUGAAGAAGCAUGGCAG